AGGGGCGGGGCGAAGCAGGGCGCGCCGGGGCUGAGGCGCACACAGCACCUGGACUGCGCGCCCGCUUGCCUCUAGCCCGCUAGCUUCUCUCAGUCCGCCAGCUUCUGCCCCGCGCGGGGAGGGUGGCUGGAGAGGGCUCCCGGCGGGCUCGCCCGAGACCGCCUCAAGCUGUCGGGGGAGUCCAGGGAGGGAGAGCUGGGCAGCCCCGAUUUCUCUAGCUUCUCCUUCUCCUCUGUGGCACUCCAGCCCCGCAGACCAUGGCCACUCCGCGCGCUGCGCUGGGGCUGCUGCUCCUUGGAGCCGUUGGAGCCCUCCCGCAGAAACAAGAGCCAUGUGGAUCCAGGUUGUAUCGCAAUGAGUCUUCUGGGAGAUGCUGCUACCACUGCCCCUCAGGUCAGGUGCCUCGGCAGUCAUGUCCCCAAGGGCCUGAAGGCUGCCGAAAGGAGUGUAAUCCAGACUAUUACUUGGAAGAUGAGAGGAAAUCUCUCUGCCUGGGCUGUGUUAACUGCAGUAGAGGUGACCUUGUGGAGAAGAUGCCCUGUACCUGGAACUCCCCUAGGGUUUGUGAAUGCAAGGAUGGCAUGUUCUGUACCACAGAAGCCACCCACAGCUGUGCCCGUUGUAAGAAGCACUCCCUCUGCCCAGCAGGGACCAGAAUCAAAUUUCAAGGUACCUCGAAGAAGAACACUGUCUGUGAGAGCUGCCCCCCUGGGACUUUUUCCAGCCACAGCUCCAGCAAGGAUUGCCAGCCUCAUACCAGCUGUACCACGAUGAUCAGACAAAUGGGGAAUUCCACCCAUGACAAUAUCUGUGCUGCCCCUGAUCCAUCAACCUUCCCAAUGGAAUCUGUUGUCAACCCACACACAGUCUCCCCAACAUCCCUAGAUAUCAGAGACUCUUCCAAUGCCACAGCUGACUCCUCUUCUACCCAUGACACUGGAACUAUCUCACCAUCUCUCACAGGAAGACCCAAUCCAGGGUCUGACUCUCUUUUCUGGGUGGUGACUGUCUUUGCUGUGACUCUGGGCUUUGUUCUGUUCCUGAUCUGCCAGCAGAGGGCCUGCAGGAAGGGGAUUCUGCAGAAACUCCACCUCUUCUCUGGCCAAGCCUUCCAACCAAAGGUCACGUCUGUGGGUUACAGCCCCAGGAAAAAUUGCCAACAGCCGGGAAUUCUUCCAAGGAAUGCCGAGAAGAGUUCUGAAAAGCAAGGGUUAAUAAGCAGUCGCCCCGCUCUGGAGAUAAACCAGCAUGUGACCUCCUCCUCCAGGGAACCCAUUGGUGUGGAUCUGAAUGCAGCUGAGAAUUUCAGCCCUGGUGAUAUUCCUGAGCCCAGGGUGGCCACAGAACAUACCAAUAAUCAGAUUGAGAACAUCUACAUCCUGAAAGCUGACACAGUAAUUGUGGGGUCCGUCGCCAGAGUGUCCGAGGGCAGGAAUCCCAGCAGCACCCUGGGACAGGAGGAGGCGGCCCUGGAGACAGACCAGUCUCCCCGCUAUCCAGAACAGGAGACGGAGCUGUCCCCUGGGGGCCACGUCGAAGUCACCUUCUCUGUGGAGGAGGAAGGGAAGGAGUACCAUUGGCCCACAGCCGUGUCUACCGAGUGAGGGGUGGCCUGGGCCAGAGGAAGGAGCUCGGACCUCUCUGAGAGCAAACUUGGAAAGCCGAGACAAGCCGGCGCUGAGCGGGGGGCCGUUUCUCCAAGAUUUGGUCUCAGGACUGAAGCCUGAGCCCACCUUCCUUCAUGAGGGGGUUCUAGCUUCAGCCAGAUGUCUACACACGGUCCCAGGCCUACAUUUUUUAAAAGGAAGAUAUUUAGGGACAAGAGGGCUGCUCAAGACCCUGAUGGGAGUUUGGUUUCGUGCCUCCAUCACUCCUCUGGAAUUCAGACCUGUCUCUGUCUGUAGGGGACCUGGAGUCCAUUCCAUCCAGAGUGGCAAAGACCAAGCAGGCUGGCUUAAGCCCUUGGCCACGUUGUUUCUUCUUCUGCAAACCAAAACCCUUCAGUCUCCUUCCCACAAGGCUCCCUAUAACCAGCCUGGCACAUGCCAGGCGGUCAGCUACUGUAAACAUACUCCUUGGACAAUGUGGGUGCCUCAGAAGUGGGCACCAAGCCAGUCCCCUGUGCUUACACUUGAUUCAAAAGGGAAGUUGAGUUGGAAUUUGUGUUCAUGAUGGAGCGCCUCCUCUUUAGAUUCUAGGGGUCCUGGGCAAAGAUCAAUGCACCCCUGAGGGUCAGGGGUGCUCCCAGCUGGCAGGAAAUAUGAGGGAGGCUUCUAGCUGCUGCUGACCAUCCCAACACUUGGGGCACCAUGGAUCCCCCCAUCCCAGUGAUUUCUGGGUGGGCAUCAGCUGCUCAUCUCCAGUGCCGACAUACUUCCUACCUGGUGCUUCCGCAGUCUCCCUGCCACCAAUCAGACAAGAACAUCAUUUAGAACAAGAGAUUUUCUAAUGGGAAAGUCUUCUCUGUCAUCUGGACCCUGAGCCCCCUCCCAUUCCCUCUGGCUUAAAGCAUGAAGGAGAACCUGGGCGUGAGGGAGAUGCAGGUUCCAAUCCCUCCUGACACUCAUGGCUGUGUGACCCGGAGCAAGUCACUUCUUUUUGCCUCAGUUUCCUCAUUUGUAAGAUAGAGGUGAUCGUUUCAGCUCUCUCCCUGAGAAGGAGAGGGGUGGAGGGCAGCAGUCUGAGAAAGAGGGAACAGAGAAGCGCAGAGGAUCCUGGGCGAGGGCUACCUCGGCUCUUUGUGCCUUCUUCCCUUUGAGAGGGUUGAUGGCCAUACCCAGAGUGACAGAGAAGCGACUUUCACUAAGAAUUGUUGAGCUCGGAGAAUGGUCUGGCUUGCUCUUGGGAAUCAAUAGCUCAAUGAGACCUUGGCAUUGUAGCCAGGGAAACCCUGAACCUUUGUACUGAGAUUUUAGAGUUGGACUUAUGCCUAGUUUGAGCCUCUGUUUACAAGGGGGGAGGAUAGUAAACAACCCAUCAUUUGUCCUGGUACAUAUCUGUUUCCAAAUUCAGUGGAUUGAGUAAGUGCUACAUAGAUUUAACUGAGGCCAUAUAUGGCUGUUAAGAGAACAUGUCGGGGGCAGCUGGGUGGCUCAGUGGAUUGAGAGUCAGACCUAGAGACAGGAGGUCCUGGGUUCAAAUCUGGCCUCAGACACUUCCCAACUGUGUGACCCUGGGCAAGUCACUUGACCCCCAUGGCCUAGCCCUUCCUGUUCUUCCGCCUUAGAACCAAUACACAGUGUUGAUUCCAAGAGAAGGUAAAGGUUUAAAAAAAAUAAGAAUAAAAAAGAGAGAAAACACAUGUUUGGGGAUAGUAGGGUAAAACAUUGGAUCUGGAGUCCAGAAGACCUCUGUUCAAAUCUGAUUUCAGACACUUCCUAGCUGUGUGACCCUGGACAAGUCACUUAACCCCAAUUCCCUAGCCCUUAUUACUCUUUUGUCUUAGAACUAAUACUAAGACAGGAGGUAAGACAGACAGACAGAGAAACAAGCAUUUCCACAAGUCUGUUUGAAUUUCCCAAUUUCACCUUUGGACCCACAUCCAACAUACACAUAGGCUGACAUCUUUAGUUCAGCAUAGGUAGCAAACAGAGUCCUGAAUAUCUCAUUUCUUUUUUCUUCUUCUUCUUUUAAAAUCCUUACCUUCUGCCUUGGAACAGAUACCUAGUAGAGCAGUAAGGAUUAGGCAAUGGAAAUUAAGGGACUUGCCCAGGGUCACACAGCUAAGAAAUAUCUGAGGUCAUAUUUGAACCCAGGACUUCCUGUCUCCAGGCCUUAUUCUCUCUCCACAGAGCCACCUGGCUGCCCCUGAAUAUGUUAUUUCAUACAUGAAAAGCUGGAAAGAACUUUAGAAGUCAUCAGUUGGGAUUCAGGCUCCAGCUCUGAUGAUUACUACUUAUGUGACCUUGGACAAGUCACUUCCCUGUGCUAACCUGUUUCCUCAUCUGGAAAAUGAAAGGAUUCAACUCAUCAGAGGUGUCAAACUAGGUUAAUGGCUGCAAGCUACCAAGUAAAACUUUCUAGUGUAACCCAAACCAGAUUAAAAGGUGGCUGGAAAAUGUUUGACAAAAUAACUAAAAAUAGAAUACAAUGUAUAUAAUGUUCAUUGGGAGUUUCUGAGUCAACAUGAACUGGCAAGGCUCUUUCUUUUUGAAUUUGACUUCAAUAGACCAAGUGGUCGCUGAGGGACCAUUAAGCUCUAAGUCAAUGGAAACAUUUCCAUUUUACAAAUAAAGAAGCCAGUCUCAGAGAGAUGACUUGUCUGAGGUUACCAACCAGGGCAGUAAGUGGCAAAGUCAGAAUUCAAAUUCACAUUCUCUCCUUCCAAAUCACUUACUCUUUGCCCCUACAGAAAUGGAGAGAUUAGAACUGUAAACCGCUCUGAUUCCUUUCCUCCAUUAUCAUUUGAAUUCAACACAGCCCCCUUGAGUUGUGAUGGAAGUCACUUAGCAAAACUGAGGCUUUCCUCAUGGCACAAGCUAGUCUGGUUGAGAAUCUUGAGUUAUUCUUUUUUUUUUUUAAUCCUUACCUUCCAUCUUAGAAUCACUACUGUGUACUGGUUCCAAGGCAGAAGAGUGGUAAGGACUAGGCAAUGGGGGUUAAGUGACUUGUCCAGGGUCACACAGCUAGGAAGUGUCUGAGGUAAGAUUUGAACCCAGGACUCUCAUCUCUGGACUUGGCUCUGAAUCCACUGAGCCACCCAGCUGCCCCCUAUUUUUUUUUUUAACUGAAGCAAUUCACCAAUUUUUGCUUUAUCCUUAUGCAGGGGUUAUGUUAUGUUCUUAUGUUGUUAUGUUCUCUGUGUUGUUCCAAUUCCAAUAGAAUACACGUAUGAAUAUAUAUAUGUAUAUAUAUAUGUAUGUGUGUGUAUAUAUAUAUAUAUGCUGAAACCAGCCUGGACCAAGGGAAAAGAUUUUAGGAUACCUACCAAAUGACUUUCUGCACUGUUUAUUGAUAAAUCUACAAGCAGCUCUUGACUAGAUUUGUCUUCAUCAGUUGGCAUUUGGUUGUCCUUCUCCCUUAGCCCACUAUAAACUUUCCAAGGGGAUCUUCCUAAGGUAAAUCUUUUUUUUUUAAACCCUCACCUCCCAUCUUGGAAUCAAUACUGUGUAUUGGUUCCAAGGCAGAAGAGUGGUAAAGGCUAGGCAAUGGGGGUCAAGUGACUUGCCCAGGGUCACACAACUGGAUAGUGUCUGAGGUCAGAUUUGAACCCAGGACCUCCUGUCUCUAGGCCUGGCUCUCCAUCCACUGAGCUACCCAGCUGCCCCCACAAAGGUAAAUCUUAACAUCGAAAUGUAAAUCUCCCAAGCUUAUAUAGAAAGAUCAAUCUUCCAAAUAUACUUGCCUCGGGCAAACCUUUAUUUUUCCUUUGGGGCCUUUGUAAAUUCUUACCUCCCUUUUUGGCUGCUAUAAAUUCAAACCCGGCAUGGUUUUCCUCCAUCUCUGAUGUCAUUAGACUACAGAAACUCUAGGAAAUCUCUCUUCUUUGCUCAGCUAAUUAAGAACUCUGGGCCAAUGCCAAAGCAUCUGUAAUAAAGCUUGGAUUUUGCAUCCUAGAUCUCUGCAUGUUAAUAAUUUUAAUUGACACCAUAUUCUUGUCAAGGAGACAGCUAGGUGGCUUGGUGGAGUCAGGAAAACCCGAGUUCAAAUCCAGCCUGAAACAUUUAGUUGCUGUGUGUCCCUGGGCAAGUCACUUAACCUCUAUUUGCCUUAAUCCACUGGAGAAGGAAACAGCAAACCACUACAGUAUCUUUGCCAAGAAAAUCCCAUGGACAGAGUGACAAAGAGUCAGAUACAAGUGAACAACUGGACAACAGUACCUGUCAAAGAAUUAGU